ACGACAUCUACAAGUGUUAGUGUCAGCAGAAUUUUAAUAUGAUCAAGAUGGAGACGGUCUUUCGGCUGUUACAGUUCUGGAUUUGUCCAACUCUGGAGACUUUACAGGAAAAGUAACUGCAGCAACUGCCAUAAAAGAUACAAAUGUGGAUAUGUAAAUGGAGUAGGUUUGCUUUAAUUAAUCGAUGAGGUUUAUGUUUGUGGAAAGAAUCUAUCCCAUCUUCACCUUUGCUAUUCGAUGAGCAGGAACCACAUCCACUGGUGCUUUGUCUUUCAUACUUUUCCAUGGAAUACAUGCAAAUGUCCGUUAAAGAGACUGUGGCUACUAGAAAGAAAAGCUGGGAAGAACAUGUUACUCCCUGGACCCGAGUACAAUACAGUUUCGAUGAUUUAGAUCUAAUUUGUUGUCAUGGAAUUUACAAUCAUGACUUAAAAAGCAAUAUGAGGUCAAAUGACUUGUCAAAAGCGGGUAGAAGGGAAAGAUGUGCAUCUUUACCAGAAUGCUAUGAUGAGUCACUUGCUGUGCGAUAUUCUUUCAAUAAACUGAGUGUGAAGACUAAAGAAGUUGAUGAAAAUGCUAAUCAUUCUGAAGAUGCACACCUUAUAUCUUUUGAUGGCAGCACAGAAACAUUAGUUCCAUAUACCGAUGACAAUUCAGAAGUUACCAUAAAGGAAAUGAAACACAUAGAAGGUCAUCAGCAUGAUUGUCUGGGCGCAAGUCCCCUAAAUGGUGCAGUAAUUAAAAAUGACUCAGGCACUUUGAAUAAAGUAGAAAAUGAGGAACACUGUGAAAGUAGAAUUGGUUCUCACCAAAUCCCCAAGGAGGCAAUAAAUGACAGGAAUGAGGAAAAUGGAAUAGGACACCAGGAUCACUUGAGACAAAUGAUGGAUAAAACAAUAUAUGGUAAUUCUGAAGGCGGAAAGGAAAAAGAUACCAAUGACUAUUCAAAUGGAAUUUGCGAAACAACAGAAUCUGCAAAAGAUCCUGAAACACUGGGAAAAAAUCCCAUCAACGAAAGUAUAUGUAAAAUAUUAGAAGAUGAGAGUGAUUGUUUCAGAACGUUAAAUAAAGAUUAUGAGCACAAAGUCUUAGAAUGUCUGAGGAACAAGGAACAAGUUGAUGUACUCUCUAAAGAAAAUAGCAAGCCUCACUCAGAAGAUCUGGAAAUAAAUUUGCAGAAUGACAGCAGUACAAUGGUCUUAAAUGAGCACCCAAAAGAAAAUAAUUUUCAUGAAGUCAUAAACAAUGAAAAUCUCUACAAAUCCCCUGUCAAACUACGGAAAAGAAAGGAGGUCAAAGAUGACAGAAGUCGGUCUCGGUUAGAUUCCAUGGUACUGCUGAUAAUGAAACUGGAGCAGCUUGAUAAAGAUAUAGAAAAUGCUCUUAGUACAACUUCAUCAACCUCAAACACCCCGAAUCUGAAAAGAAGACCUGUGCCAGAGGUAGAAUUUGAGAGAGACAAAAAUGCUGCCUUUGUACCAGAGAGCCCCAGCUCAGUAACACUCCCUCAGCUUGUUUGCUCAACACUCGCAUCAACAGCUUCCAGACCUAUGCUUGGUUCAGUUCAGAGAAAUGUGAAUAUGUCUAUCAUAUCAGGAAAAGAGAAGGCUGAAAUCGAAGCAAAGGAGGCCUGUGACUGGCUACGGGCAGCAGGGUUCCCACAGUAUGCACAACUCUAUGAAGAUUGUCUCUUUCCCAUUGAAAUUGCUUCAGUGACUCGGGACCAUGAUUUUCUGGAUCGAGAUGCCAUUGAAGCACUCUGCAGGAGGUUAAAUACUCUGAACAAAUGUGCUGUAAUGAAGUUGGAAAUAAGUCCACUGCGAAAACGGAGUGAAGAUUCAGAUGAAGAUGAACCUUGUGCCAUCAGUGGUAAAUGGACCUUUCAGAGAGACAGCAAGAGAUGGUCUCGACUAGAAGACCUGGAUGUGUUUUGUUGUGCAGACAAUUCAGCCCCCUUUCCCCUUCAAGAUUCUGCUUUAAAUGUUGGGUUGAGUAUUGAGAGUGUCCUGACUGAAUUAAGUGAACAGCAGGAGGUAGGCUCACUCCACAGUGCCAGUGGCAGCAGCACAGGGAGCCAAGGAGCUGGUCUUCAAAAUGUGAGCAUUGGAGCCACUCGUACUAGCUCUGUGACAAGUGUGUGCUCAUCUGAAACAUCAAUUGCCAAUGAAGAUUCUUUCUCCGAAGGUCUACCUUCUCCCAAGGAACAAUCAAGCUUCCAAUAUGGCACAAAGUCCAGUGGGAAGAGCACCAGAUCAAAAGCUAAAAGCUUUCUGAAAAGGAUGGAGAGUCUUCGUUUGAAGAGCUCUCCCAGUAAGAAAAAGAAAAUGACAUCCAAGCUGGUGAUUAGUGGACCAGUUCUUCGGGAGGGCAUUGAUGAAGAUAAACUUAGACGUCUUAAUUGUGUGGAGAUCUCUAGUUUGAAUGGACAUUAUACCAACCUCCCUCGUAACAGGAGUGUUUCCUAUUCUCCACAGACAAGCAGUAGUAGUAGUCAUUCAGAAGCUAGCAGUAGUACAGUCAGCACUCCAAGUCCGGUGACAAGAGCUCGCAGCCACAGUGCUGCCUGCACAAAUAACAACAACAAGCGAGUUGGAAUGUAUUUAGAGGGAUUUGACCCUUUUACACAGCUUCAACAAUUUCAAUUUUUGCCUGAUGUGGCCAACCAGAAUUUACUCAAUCAAAAAGAGGCACCUGAAGAUGAUAUUAUUUUUUUGAUCCCAGAAGGUCACAAGCCUGGCACUUUCCCUAAAGCACUUUGCAACAGUAUUGCGCACUGUCGGCUCAGGAGAGAAAGCAGUGAUGACAGUUCCAAAGGAUCGAGCUGUGGUGGCCGGAAUAGGAGAAACUCUGCCAGCUCUUUGGAUAGUAGAAUAAGUAUAUAUGAUAAUGUACCGUGUUCUUUUCUACUUGAUGGAGAGGAUGAGGAGGCCCUCUACCCCAAACUGGAUGACAUCCUGCAGCAUGUCAAAGGUCUCCAGAGGUUUGUGAAUGAAUGGUCAGAACAGACAGGCGAGGAGGGAGAUUCAGACUCUGCCCUUGAUUCAGUUUCUCCUUGCCCAUCCUCGCCUCUGCAGAACCACCUGGAAGAGGCAGAGAAUAGCAGUGAUAUCGAGAGCCCAGGAAUCUCUUUGAAUGAAACGGAAGAAGUGCUGACUGGACAAGAGCGCAGAGACUCCGGUGUGGGUGCCUCCUUGACUAGAUCAAACAGACCCAAGAAGCUGAGGUGGCACAGUUUUCAAAGUUCUCACAGGCCAAGUCUGUCUUCAUUGCUAUUGCAAAUUAACUGUCAAUCGGUGACACAGAUGAACCUCCUUCAGAAAUACUCCCUCUUAAAGCUUACAGCUCUACUGGAAAAGUACACACCUACAAAUAAACAUGGCUUCAGCUGGGCUGUACCAAAGUUUAUGAAGAGGAUAAAAGUUCCAGAUUACAAGGACAGAAAUGUCUUUGGGGUCCCUCUGCAAGUUAAUGUGCAGCGCACAGGCCAGCCACUGCCCCAGAGCAUUCAGCAGGCCAUGCGCUAUCUCCGCAGUCAAUGCUUAGAUCAGGUUGGCUUGUUUAGAAAAUCAGGGGUAAAAUCAAGGAUUCAAGCAUUACGACUGAUGAAUGAAAAUUAUAUGGAUAGCAUAAGCUAUGAAGGACAGUCGGCCUACGAUGUAGCAGAUAUGUUAAAGCAGUACUUCCGUGACUUACCUGAACCCCUUUUAACCAGCAAGCUCUCUGAGACCUUUCUUCAAAUCUAUCAGUAUGUACCCAAGGACCAGCGGCUCCAGGCUAUCAAAGCAGCUAUUAUGCUCCUGCCAGAUGAAAACAGGGAGGUGCUGCAGACUUUGCUUUACUUCCUCAGUGACGUCACCGCUGCGGUAAAAGAGAAUCAGAUGACCAACAACAACCUGGCCGUGUGUCUGGCUCCUUCUUUGUUUCACCUCAACACCCUCAAGAGAGAAAACUCGUCUCCAAGAGUGAUGCAUAGGAAGCACAGCCUUGGUAAACCUGAUCAGAAAGACCUGAAUGAGAAUCUGGCAGCUACUCAUGGAUUGUCCCACAUGAUCGCUGAAUGCAAAAAGCUUUUCCAGAUUCCAGAGGAGAUGAAUCGCUGUAGAAAUUCAUACCUGGAGCAAACAUUACAGCCCCCAAAACUUGAAGACAUAGUGAGUAAUAGUAAAGGACAGCCUGGAGGGUUUAAGGGCUACCUACAGGAGUGUCUGGACGGCCUCCUCAAAGAAGCUAAGGAAAAGUUUAAAGGCUGGGACAGCUGUUCUACUCCAGAGCCAGCAGAACUCUCUUUUAAGAAGGUGGGUGAUGGCUUUCCACUUCGCUUGUGGAAAGUUAGUCUGGAGAUUCCUUCCACUCCAGAAGAUGUCUUGAAUCGUGUGCUCAGGGAACAACACUACUGGGACGAAGAUCUUUUAGACUGCAAAGUUAUUGAAACUUUGGAUAACCAGACUGAGGUCUACCAAUAUAUCCAGAACAGCAUGGCCCCGCAUACCCCUCGGGAUCAUGUAGUCUUAAGGACGUGGACCACAGAUUUACCAAAAGGAGCCUGUGCUCUUGUAGCCACCUCAGUGGAUUAUGACGCUGCUCCUCUCAUGGGUGUUCGUGUCAAUGUGCUAACCUCUCGAUACCUGAUUGAGCCUGUUGGUUCGGCUAAGUCCAAACUCACCUACAUUUGCAGGAUUGACUGCAGAGGCCGUAUUCCAGAGUGGUACAAUAAGAUAUUUGGACAUUUAUGUGCAGCAGAAGUGGUUAGAAUACGGGACUCCUUCAUCAAUCCACCGACUGAAAAAUAAUGUAGUCAUUUUAACUUACCGUGUCGAAUAAGACAUGCUACAUGUGACAUCGAUUACGUCUGGUAUCACCCAACAAAAAACAUUCUUCAGAAACGAAGAAACAUUGUAAGCAUACUAGGACAUUUGCAAUGUUUUGGAUUUUGCAAUCCAGAAACUGAAAGGAUGGGACAUCUAUGUAAUAUAGCAAUAUUAUUUUUUUUGAUGCUGCUUUCACUUGAGUUCAGAACCCCUCAGGAAGAUCCUGACUGGACUCAAAAAAACAUUGGCUCUUUGCAAUGCUUGACACGUACUUGUGUGACAAGAGGCUAUUAUUGCUUCUGGGAAGCAAAAAGUUGACCUUGUAUAUAAUAUAGACAAUUAUUGUGCUGUUUCGUGGCGAUUACAUUAUCAUUUGUAAAUAAAUCUUGCUGUUCAAUGAAGUAGCUGUGUAUGGAAGUCUCUGUGGAUAUGUGUACUGUAUUAAUGUUUCACAGAGUGUACAAGCAGAAGAAGUGAAUGAGUGAAAGGUAUGUGUGAUACGUAUUAGAAAUAUUGGAAGUGGUAGAGCAUGGUGUCUGGUACACUAUUGCCAGGAUAGUUCGAUAGACAGAUAAAGUUGAAUGUCUGAUGAUCAGUUGAACCUGUAAGGAGUUGCUACCAAAUGGACCAAAUGACUCUUAGUCAUGGGUUUUUAUUCUUUGAGCUGUGCUGUUAUUACAGCAUUUAUUAGUUCAUCACUGCAGUGAGGUAAAAUACAAACAUGAGGAAUACCUUAACUUUAGAAAAUCAAAAUCAAAUGGGGCACAACCAAAGCUGAAACUUUUCCGCUUGAACUUAGCUUCAAGGAAAACUAAACCUUUUUUUUUUUAAAUUUAACAUGGGGUUUAAUCCAAACUAAAACCUUUAUUAAAAAAAAGUUCACAUUUGGAAGAAAAACAUUUUAGCAAUUAGUGUUUUUAAAAUUUCUAAUGACUACUUUUUGGCCACAUCGUUUAAUCUAUCACUAUUUUGAUAGUGUAUACCUUGUGGUCUCACAGAAAAGUUCCAGAGUGAUUUAAUCCAGUGGUCCUUUUAUAAAGGUAGACAUGCUGUAAGUACAGGUUUUACUGUAAGUAAAUGUCAAAUAUGUUGAUAUUUGGGAAUACACAGUUAUGUCAAUAUGGGAAUGGAAGUGGAUGAAUGCUAAUUUAAAGAAGGAAUAUAUGAAUAAUUUACUUGUGUUUACCAUGAACAGUGUUACCAAACAUUUUAAUGAAGUUUUUUUUGUCAUUUUCAAUAAAUUUAUAUUUUAAAAAUAUUAUUUACAAUAUUCAUUUUCCUGUAAACAUCUGAUACCCAUGUUAUUGCUGUAUAUAGCAUUGCAAUACAGACAUCAUCACAUAAAUGUAUACUGCUAAAAUGGAUUAAGCAUGACAAUGAAACUUUAUUUAACAGUAUUUGUGUAUUUAUACCUCAGAUAUUCUUCUUUUUUACCUUGUGCCAUUGCAUUGUAAAUGUUACUCAGAAUUUAAAAUAUUAAAUAAAUGUUUAUCUUUUGUUUAUAACAUCUGUACAGAAUAUUAUCAUUAUGUGCACUAUUAAAUGAACAAAAUGUU